CCGGCAGCGAGAGCUGAGGCCGCCCAGGCCCAGCCACCACCGCGGAGCUACCUCGCCGCCCGCCCCGCAGCUCCUCGGUCCUAACACAGUGCAAAGUGCCCAGGGGAGAAGAUGGAUUGGAGCACCCUGCACACUAUCCUGGGGGGUGUCAAUAAAUACUCCACCAGCAUUGGGAAAAUCUGGCUGACUGUCCUCUUCAUUUUUCGCAUUAUGAUCCUGGUCGUGGCUGCAAAGGAGGUGUGGGGAGACGAGCAAGCUGAUUUCACCUGCAACACCCUCCAGCCUGGCUGCAAAAACGUAUGCUAUGACCACUACUUCCCCAUCUCCCAUAUCCGGCUGUGGGCUCUGCAGCUGAUCUUUGUGUCCACACCAGCCCUCCUGGUGGCCAUGCACGUGGCCUACCGGAGACACGAGAAGAAAAGGAAGUUCAUCAAGGGGGAGAUUAAGAGUGAAUUUAAGGACAUCGAAGAGAUCAAAAGCCAGAAGGUCCGCAUCGAAGGGUCCCUGUGGUGGACCUACACCAGCAGCAUCUUCUUCCGAGUCGUCUUUGAAGCCGUCUUCAUGUACGUCUUCUACAUCAUGUAUGACGGCUUCGCCAUGCAGCGUCUGGUGAAAUGUAAUGCCUGGCCUUGUCCCAACACAGUGGACUGCUUUGUCUCCCGGCCCACAGAGAAGACUGUUUUCACGGUGUUCAUGAUUGCCGUGUCUGGAAUUUGCAUACUGCUGAAUGUCACUGAAUUGUGUUAUUUGCUAAUUAGAUAUUGUUCUGGAAAGUCCAGAAAGCCAGUUUAACACAUUGUCCAUCUGUUAGAUAAAAAAUAGACAGCAGGAAAAGGAUGAGGCAUCCUGUGCUUAGCUGUCAAGGCUCAGUCACCAGCAUUUCCCAAGACAAAGAUUCUGAUCAUAACACAACCAUUUGAAUCCCUGCAGGCCUCACAUGAAACUCCAGGUGCCUCAGCAGAGCUCUACUCUCCAAAACUUCAAAGUAAAGGCCUGAUUCUAUACCUGUAUUAAUUUUUACUAAAGUUAGUUCCAAUGAGACUCUGUGCCAUAGAGGUUACUGAUGUAAGGUACUUUCAUAUUUAAAAGGAAGGAUAUCAGCAAAGGAUAUCCUCUUUCUCUGGGGACAGGAGAGAAAGGCUGGGCUCUAAAAGGGAUACCAAACAGGUUUGGGUGUUCCUUCCAGGGUUCUCUUUGCCAAUUUUUCCCCAAAUUAAAGGUAGACAUAGAGAAUCUUGGUUCUUUUAUCUGCUUUGGAAGUUUUAAUCUCUACCAAUGGACAAAGUUACCUAAUACUUCGAAUUCUAUAUACUUUUUUUUUUUUUUUGCAGUUUUGGCUGGGGCUGGGUUUGAACCCGCCACCUCUGGCAUAUGGAGCUGGCGCCCAACUCCUUUGAGCCACAGGCGCCACCCUCUAUAUACUUUUUUUAAAUAAAAACUUUGAAAUAAGAUAGGUUCUUUUGAUCUAAAGAUGUUCUGGAUAUGAUUGUUUGUUUCUCCUAAUUCAGAGGCUCAGAUUGUGAUUAUCUAAAUGGUAUAUAAUUAGACACCGUGAUUUAAUUUCAAAUAUGGCCUUUUGGUUAUAGACAAUUUGCUGUGCAACUGAGAGGCUCUCUAUCACAUUAAUUGUGAGAUGUUUCAAAAUUUUAGGUAUAAUGUUAUUUAAGAAAUAUAGACUAGAUGUGCCACCAGCUACUACCUGUAAUGACAGGUUGGCUCAACAUGUUUGCCUUUUCCAUUACUGUGGUAAAUGGUAGC